GGGGGGAGGGGUCACCGUGUGACCCGGAAACACAACGUCCACAGCCCGAGAGCAAAGAUGUCGGACAACGAGGCCGACUUCGAUGGGGACGACUUUGACGAUGGCGACGAAGAUGAGGGGAUGGAUGAUUUGGACAACGUGGAGGAGGAGGACCGUGAGAAUGUGGAGAUCCUGCCGGCCGGGGAAGGACAACAAGCGAACCAGAAGAGGAUCACAACCUCCUACAUGACCAAAUACGAGCGAGCCCGUGUGCUGGGGACCCGCGCCCUCCAGAUAGCCAUGUGUGCCCCAGUGAUGGUGGAGCUGGAAGGAGAGACUGACCCACUACAGAUUGCAAUGAAAGAGCUUAAAGCCCGGAAAAUCCCGAUCAUUAUCCGCAGAUACCUCCCAGACGGGAGCUACGAGGACUGGGGUGUGGAUGAGCUGAUUAUCACGGACUGAAGGGGUUUAAUCCCACACUGGUACCCUCACCCACACCCGCUGACUCUGGACCUUUAAUUUAAAGUUAUUUUUUCUAAAUAAGAUUGUCUGUUGUCAAAUAAAGUUUGGCCACACA